GUGCGUACUGUGAGGUCUCCGGCUCGCCUGCUGCGAACCGUGAGCUAGCUGUCUGCGCGCGGGCGGCCUGGCCCGGGCUCCGACUGUAACUGUGUCAGCGUGUUAUGAUGCCGUCUCGUACCAACCUGGCUACUGGAAUCCCCAGUAGUAAAGUGAAAUACUCAAGGCUCUCCAGUACAGACGAUGGCUACAUUGACCUUCAGUUUAAGAAAAGCCCUCCUAAGAUUCCAUAUAAGGCCGUUGCGCUUGCUACGGUGCUGUUUUUGAUUGGCGCCUUCCUCAUUAUCAUAGGCUCCCUCCUGCUGGCAGGCUACAUCAGCAAAGGGGGGGCAGACCGGGCCGUUCCCGUCCUGAUCAUUGGCAUCCUGCUGUUCCUGCCAGGAUGUGACCACCUGCGCAUCGCCUACUAUGCAUCCAAAGGCUACCGGGGUUACUGCUACGAUGGCAUUCCAGACUUUGAUGACUAGCACACACCUCAGCCCUGAAGAAAAGAGUCACAGAUGGGACUGAGCCCACCUUUAAGACAUUGAGCAGAUACUAUGGCUAAGGGCUAAGGAGUUCUGCGAUUUGCAGAUGUUUAACAAAACAGUGGCCAGAUUUUAUGGGUCCAUCCGAAAGAUGUUAACUAAGCUUACAACUAUCCAUGUCAUCAGGACAGUCUCUAUUUUUCAUCUCCU